AUGCCGAACAUCAAGGUUUUCAGUGGAAGCUCUCAUCCUGAUUUAGCGCAAAAAAUCGUCGAUCGCCUAGGAAUCGAUCUCGGCAAGGUGGUAACCAAAAAAUUUAGUAAUAUGGAAACAUGUGUAGAAAUUGGUGAAUCUGUUCGUGGGGAAGAUGUUUAUAUUGUGCAGAGUGGCAGUGGUGAAAUCAACGACAACUUGAUGGAGCUUCUUAUUAUGAUUAACGCGUGUAAAAUUGCGUCGGCGUCCCGCGUCACUGCUGUUAUCCCGUGUUUUCCAUACGCGCGACAAGAUAAAAAAGACAAAAGCAGGGCUCCCAUUACAGCAAAACUUGUCGCUAACAUCUUAUCCGUGUCUGGCGCUGACCAUAUUAUUACGAUGGAUCUUCACGCGUCACAAAUCCAAGGCUUCUUUGACAUACCCGUUGAUAACCUAUUUGCUGAACCCGCUGUUUUAAAAUGGAUCAAAGAAAACAUACCAGAUUGGAAAACAAGUAUUGUAGUGUCUCCAGAUGCAGGAGGUGCGAAAAGGGUGACGUCUAUUGCUGAUCGUUUGAAUGUGGAAUUCGCUCUUAUUCAUAAAGAAAGAAAAAAGGCAAAUGAAGUGGCAUCAAUGGUGUUAGUAGGUGAUGUGAAAGAUCGUACAGCUAUUCUGGUGGAUGACAUGGCAGAUACAUGUGGAACUAUUUGCCAUGCAGCGGAAAAGUUAAUAGAAGCUGGUGCAACUAAAGUGUAUGCAAUUCUCACUCAUGGCAUUUUCUCUGGGCCUGCAAUAUCUCGCAUUAAUAAUGCUUGUUUAGAGGCAGUAGUGGUUACAAACACAAUACCACAAGAGAGGCACAUGCAAGAAUGCCCAAAGAUCCAGUGCAUUGAUGUGUCUAUGAUGCUGGCAGAGGCUGUGCGACGCACACACAAUGGUGAAUCUGUCUCAUAUCUAUUUUCUAAUGUUCCAUAUUAG